AUGGCUAGACAAGACAGACAAACCACCCCUCUCUUCCUGCACGGCUUCGACCUCGGGGGUCACUUCGUUGACCUUCAACCUCUCGGCACAGGCGUCACGGGCCUGGUCCUCUCAGCGGUGGACCAGCGCACCGGGCAGCGCGUUGCAGUGAAAAAGCUGGUCAUGCGCGACACGAUGACAGUGAAACACGCCCUGCGCGAAGUCAAAAUCACCCGCCGCCUACGCCACGAGAACGUGGUCCGGAUCCACGAGGUCCUGGCACCGUACGGUCUGCCACUUCCCCGAGACCCAACGCAGCUCAGCGCCCUGUACAUCAUCCAGGAGUGCAUGGAAACGGAUCUGGCCCGGCUACUGGAACAAGGACCGCUACCCACAGGUCACGCUACUUUGCUGUUCUACCAGCUGCUGAGGGGACUGAAGUUCAUUCACUCGGCCAACGUUCUGCACAGAGACUUGAAGCCCGCUAACAUCUUCAUCAAUACAGACCAACUUCUGCUCAAAAUUGGAGACUUUGGGCUGGCCAGGAUCGUUGACCCUCACUACUCUCAUAAGGGCUAUCUCUCGGAGGGUUUGGUGACUAAAUGGUAUCGAUCUCCUCGUCUGCUCCUCUCCCCAAACAACUACACCAAGGCCAUAGACAUGUGGGCCGCUGGCUGCAUACUGGCUGAGAUGCUGACUGGACGGAUGCUCUUUGCAGGCGCUCAUGAGCUGGAACAAAUGCAGCUGAUUUUAGACACGGUGCCCGUGCUGAGAGAGGAGGACAGACAGGACUUGCUACAGGUAAUGCCGUCCUUCGUCUGUCAGGGCUGGAGAAUCAGGAGGACCUUCGCUGAGCUGUUACCUGAGGUGGAUGCUCAGGCUGUGGACUUCCUGGAGCGAAUCUUGACCUUUAAUCCCGUGGAUCGGCUAACGGCUGAAGCAGCGCUGUCCCACCCCUUUCUCAGACAAUACUCCUGCCCGCAAGACGAGCCCGUCUCCCAGCAGCCCUUCCACAUCGAGGACGAACUGGAGGACAGCCUCGUUACUGAGCACAGCCACAGCAACAGCAUCAGCCAGGCUUCCAGCAUUCACUGGGAUAGGUGGGAAAACAGUCUUUCAGUGGAUGCGUGUUGGCGGCAGGCAGGAGAGAGAUGUCGCUGUAUGCCACCGGGCUGUAUUGCCUCUGAUCUGGGAGACACCACCGAGGACGAGGAGGUGCAGAGGGAUCCCCGAGCCACUUCCACCUCACUGUUGGAGGAGGCACAGGUCGACCCACGCAAAUAUUCCCAUAGCAGCUCAGCUGAACGCUUCCUGGAAAACUCUCACUCCUCUCUGGAAAGGAUGUACGGCAUGGGGUAUGGGGAGAUGGACUGUGGGCGCUCCUGCGACUACAAAGUGGGCUCUCCCUCGUAUCUAGAUAAGAUUGCCUGGAGGGAGGGCAAGCCCCAAUACUACUCUGAACCCAAGCUGAUCCUAGAUCUAUCUCAUUGGAAGCGUAAUGGCAGCACUCUGCCGGUCUCCGCUGAGCCGUCUGGAGGUAGUAUGGAGGACCAAGGAGUGACAAAGGAACUGGAAGGGCAGGAGGGCGAGGAGGAAACGGGAGAUUUAUUCCAGGAGAUUUCUCGCUGGGUGGAGAGUACUCAGUCUCGUCUCCACUCCCCCAGCCCACCUCUGGAGCCAGCCUUUCCCUCCUGCUUUACCUCCUCUCCACCUCUCCCUCUCUCUCCUACUGACUUCCCCUCCUCUGUCUUCCAUUGCUACUCAGACAUUGUUCGGCAGCCAUCGGCUGAAUACAAUGAUGGCAACAGACUAAGCCCCCUUCCUCCUGUCACAUCUUCCUCCAACUCUCUGCCCUUGCUUUUACCCUCAUCUCCCACCUCUCCCCGCCCCCCUCAGUCACCUCAGUCAGCCUCUCCACCCAACUCUCCUCUUUUUCCCCCUUUAGAGCGUUCUCCCUCUUCCUCGCACUUCCAAGCGAUUAGUGAUGAUGCUGUGAGGUCACUUCCUGUCAACCAAGCAGAGAGGCUAUUUGACCUGGAUGUCUUUAUCUCCCGAGCGCUGAAACUGUGUGGACAGAGUGAGGAGAGAGGUGCAAGAAAAAGAGAGAGAGAAAGCAGGAGUUUGGAGCAAACCAAACAGGCUAACAUUAAUCCAAGGUUCCCAAAGCUUUCAGAACACAGACAUCCACCACCACAGACUCCCAACUCUUGA